UAGUUAGAUAUUGGUAGAUACGACUUGUUUGGAGCAACAUACUGAAUUCUUUGGGAAGCAGUGUGGUUGACAGGAUGCGAGGCAUGCAUGCAUGGGCUGCUCAGCAACAAUCCCAUUCUCUGAAACAGAAACCUUGCCAGUUGCCAUUGUUCAAUGGAUGAUUGACUUCUUUGCCACUGUAAUCAUCAUUAUCUCCAAAUAAGAUCAAUUCAACGAUUUUAAUCAAGGACAAUCGGUUACUUUUGAAAACAAUAAGAAUCUUUGACUUCAGUUUGACUUUUCUGGAAAGUUGACUGUAUCUAUCCCAAUCCAAUGUGGGUUCGCCCACUCGUCAAACGUGGUCGAUUUUUGUCAGAAAUUCCUCAACCUUGAUUGUCGUUUGGGUUUUCGUUAGGGCUGAACUGUUAAGAGGCAAAACUGAACAAAAGCCCUCGAUCCAAAAGCCCCCGGCGAGGAUCGAACUCGCGACCUUUCGCUUACGAAGCGAACGCACUACCACUAUGCUACGGAGGCCGAACGGUUCGUUCUCUUAACAAACAUUAUUCAACCAGUCAGCUGCUUCUGAGCCCUUAAAUAAACAGUCAAAACACCGAGAAAACCCGAGAGCGAGAGAGAGAAGGGGCCAGCGACAGAUGUGUGGAAUCGCUUUACUUGCCUCCGGCAUUCGCAUCGACUUAUCGUCUCUACAUAUCGAUUCCAUAUCUCCAUCCUCUAAAACCCAUCUGGGUUUUUCUUUUAAUGAUCUUAAAGCCGCUUUACAAAGACGAGGCCCUGACAGUUUGGGCACCAAGAAGCUUCUUCUCCUUCAUUCAAACAAUUCAAAUUCUGGAAACUCUUGGGUUUCUUCUGUUAAUGAGGAAGCUCAUGUGCUAGAAAAUGGUUCGAACCUGUCUGAAUCUUUUGCAGAACUUGUUUUUCUCGGUGCUACGUUGCAGUUAAGGGGAGUAACUCCUGUUAUUCAGCCUUUAGUAGAUUCUUCGGGGAACAUUCUUGUUUAUAAUGGCGAAUUGUUUGGAGGAAUUGAGGUUGGUAGCGACAACAAUGACACUGAAAUUCUUAUGCAAUCUCUGGGAAAGUGCUGUUCCCAGGAACAUAGAACAACAUACAAUUUUAAUGGACAUGGGAAAGGCUCUGUUCCUGAUGUUCUUUCAGUCAUAAAAGGACCAUGGGCUAUCAUCUACUGGCAGGAAAGUUCAAAAACCCUGUGGUUUGGUCGAGAUGCAUUUGGUAGGCGAAGCCUACUUGUUCACUGGCCAACUAUGGAGGAUCCUCGUUUUCUUCUUUCAUCCGUGUCACCCACUUCUUCUAGUCUACAAGACUUUGAAGUUGAAAACGGGACUAGUGGCAUCAAAUUUUGGGAAGAGCUUUCAUGUGGGAUAUACACUAUGUCACUGGAUGCUACAAAAUCAGAUGGGAAAUUUCUUGGUGAAAUGCAGAAACAUGAGUGGACAAAUGUUAUGCUGAAAGAACUGAUUGAAUGGGAACGAGUUUCCAUUGAACCCAAACCUGAAGAGUUGAAUUUUUCACGUUCUAAGACUCUUAGUGCUGAACUUGACAUGACUUCAGCUUCUUUAGGCCCUACUCAUGCUUCAGUUUCAGUGUUGGCGCAGAAUGUGCUGACAGCUUUGAGGGAAUCGAUGAUGCGACGCGUAUCACUGCAUAGUAUUUAUCAGGCUGUUAAAUUUGGUGCUAGGCAAAAAGAAACUGUGCCUGUGGCUGUUCUCUUUUCUGGCGGAUUAGAUUCUAUGAUUCUUGCUGCAUUAUUGGAUGAAUGCCUGGAUCCUGAUUAUGAGAUUGAUCUUCUUAAUGUGAGCUUUGAUGGUGAGUCUGCUCCUGAUAGAAUCAGCGCAAAAGCUGGAAUAAAGGAACUUAGAAGGGUUGCACCUUUAAGAAGGUGGAGACUUGUUCAUAUUGACGCUGAUUUGUCGAAGUUGACCUGGGAAACAAAGCAUGUCUUGUCACUCAUUAAUCCUGCAGAUACCUACAUGGACCUGAAUAUAGGAAUAGCUUUGUGGCUUGCUGCUCGUGGAGAAGGUUGGAUUUGUGAAGAAAGUAGUAAUCGGAUUGAUGAAGAUAAACAUGUUAAUUACACAUCCAGGGCCAGAAUUCUUCUUGUUGGUUCUGGUGCUGAUGAGCAAUGUGCUGGAUAUGGUAGGCACAGAACAAAGUAUAAGCAUGAAAGUUGGCUCGGGCUACAUGAGGAAAUGAAAUUGGACAUGCAGAGAAUUUGGAAAAGAAAUCUAGGAAGAGAUGAUAGAUGUAUUGCUGAUCACGGAAAGGAGGCUAGAUUUCCUUUCUUGGAUGAAGACGUCAUUAGGACUCUUUUGGAUAUUCCCCUUUGGGAGGUUGCUGAUCUUGAUCAACCAAGUGGAAAAGGUGAUAAGAAGAUUCUGAGAGAGGUUGCUCAAAUGCUUGGUUUGCAUGAUGCUGCAAUUCUUCCCAAGAGAGCAAUUCAGUUUGGAUCAAGAAUUGCAAGGGAGUCGAAUCGCAAGAAUUUUGGAAGUAAUCGAGCUGCCAACCAGGCAUCUGCAGGAAGUGUAGUAAUUAAUGUACCAUCUUACUUUAGUUGAUAUUGUGCAAUGAUGCCUGGAUUCAAGGGUUUUGGCCAAUUCCAAUGGCAUCAGAAUGCAGGAUCCAUGUUAUUCACAUUUCUUCUCAAAACUUGGAAGCUGCAGCUGUUUGAGAAUGAGUUUAACCGGCAGACAAAUUCAGGCAGUGCAGUGGAUGCCAUGAUGCAUGUUUGGUCCAUUUUUAGACAGCUUAUUAUAGUACUAUCGUAUAAUGUACCAUGCUUGAUUCCAUGGCAACAUCUUUCUCAUUUUGUUGAUUCUCAGGCUUAAUGGUGUUUAGACAGUCUCGUAUAUUAUGUUUUCUCGACGUUUUUGUACUUUAUAUUAAUGUUAUGAAUGAUCUUAAAUUAUGGUA